GGCGGGGCGGAGGCGGGGUUUGGGGCUGAGAGAGGCUCCGUUGGGUAGGUGGGUUCAGACCGAGGGGACUACGGGUCGGCGUUGGGCUCAGCGGGCUCGAAACAAAGGACUCUCCGGCGGGGACUCGCCGCGGCGCUUUCUGAGGCUCGGGUCGAGGCUUCCCGGCCUAGCAGUGCCCUCGCUGCGCGUUCUCAGGCGGCUUCUCGUUGUCCGCUCCCCGCAGCCCGAGCCGCGGUGGGGGGCCCGGCGCCGCGGCACCUGCUGCCGAGGGACCCCGCGGCCCGCCCGGGUGCUCGUGAUGGGGCUGAUCUUCGCCAAACUGUGGAGCCUCUUCUGUAACCAAGAACACAAAGUAAUUAUAGUGGGACUGGAUAAUGCAGGGAAAACCACCAUUCUUUACCAAUUCUUAAUGAAUGAAGUGGUUCAUACUUCUCCAACCAUAGGCAGCAAUGUUGAAGAAAUAGUUGUGAAGAACACUCAUUUUCUUAUGUGGGAUAUUGGUGGUCAGGAGUCCCUGCGGUCAUCGUGGAACACAUAUUACUCAAACACAGAGUUCAUCAUUCUUGUUGUUGAUAGCAUUGACAGGGAACGACUAGCUAUUACAAAAGAAGAAUUAUACAGAAUGUUGGCUCAUGAGGAUUUACGGAAGGCUGCAGUUCUUAUCUUUGCAAAUAAGCAGGAUAUGAAAGGGUGUAUGACAGCAGCUGAAAUCUCAAAAUACCUCACCCUUAGUUCAAUUAAGGAUCACCCGUGGCACAUUCAGUCCUGCUGUGCUCUCACAGGAGAAGGGUUAUGCCAAGGUCUAGAGUGGAUGACCUCCCGGAUUGGCGUGAGAUAACUUUUUUGCUCGAAAGAGACUGCUCUAUUUAUUCUGUGACAUGAACAUUUUUUCCUAGUACCUUUGGCUGCUAAGGCAGCAGCAUGUUUAAUUUAUAACAACACAAACCUCUGAGAGCAACACUUGAAUCAAGUGCAGCUGAACAUGAAAGAUUUUUUCUUAACUUUUUUUUUUAACGCACUAAUCUUCAGUUGGAUGAACAUAAUGUAUAACUGUUUUCAGCAACAAGUCUUCUGUUUAUUCUAAUUAUUCAGUGACUGCCUUGUAAGAAAUGUUUGUCUCAAGUGUAAUGUCUUCUGAAAUAUUGUUAUGACCUUAAUGACCAAUUGCUUUCAAUUCUUGACCACCCCUCCCUCCCAACCAGAGAAUUACUGGUUUGAUAGAGUAGUCAUGGAAACCAUCAGGUACUGCUUGCAAACUUCUCUGGCACUAAACAGUUGUUCCCUGUAUAAGCCAUUCAUCUGUUGGACAGAACUUACUAUAAAGAAAGAAAUCUACCUUGAGGAUAUAUGUAAGGAAGAUUGUACAUCAGGAGUACUUGCUUUUUAACUUUGCCCUCAUUACUGCGAGUCAUGGAAUAAUGUUAUUUGCAUGGAAAUUAAGUUGGCUGUUUAUUUAUCUAAAGGAAUCAAGUUCACUCUUCUGUCUACAACAUUUGGUCAAAAACUAAUUAAGGUAAAAGAUUUAUUUAAAAGCCCAGCUUUGAUGUUAAAUAUUCUUGAAUAAAUCUGAUAUUCUCAGAAUGUCACAUUAUUCAAUGCAUAUAAAACUAUCAAAAUUUAGCAAAGCAUACCAGCACUAAAAAUAAGACAGUUGGAAUAUAUUUUAGUAUCAGUUUAUAAACAAUUUUAUUAUCAACAGAAAUUUUAGCUAUUUUCUUUGCAAGAUAUAUCACAACUGCUUUGGGCAGUGGCUAAAACCGAAGUAUGAAGAGUCCAUUUCAUAUCUUAAGAUUUGGAAUUGUGUCUGUCAUAGCAUUUUUACCACCAGCAGUGUAUUACUUUAAAAACUACAUGGCUUUCCUUGAAUUUAUUUGACGGUAUUAUGUAAUAGACUUGAAACAGUUGACAUCUUUGUAGUUAUGCCUUGGGUCUUAUAGGAAGCUGCUGAAUUUAAUCCUAGCUUUUAGAAUAUUAAUAUGAAACUCAGAGUUAAUAUUCUUAACAACUUAUAAAUUAAAAAGAAAAAGUCAUAAUCUAUCAAAAGUUUAUUGGAUGGCAUUAAAAGGUUUUUGAGGCAGUUGUCUAAUAUGAACAAUAAUCUAAACAGUAUAUUCCUUAAAUUAAGAGGGAAGACAAGUGUUGUAUUUCGAUCCUGUUUAUUCAAAUGUGUAAUUUUGCUGAAAUGAAAGGGAUAAAAUGAAUAUAUAGAGAAUAUAAAAUGAUACAAAUAAUCGUUUUUGCAGUAUUUUAAAAUUUUGAUCAGAAAUAUGAUUCAGUGUUCAUAAUAUCAAAAUAUGUGUUCAAAAUUGGCAUUUUAAUUUUAAUCUUUUUUAUUUGUAAGUUGAUUUAAAUUUUGCUCUUUUUUCUGGUGUAUUAUAUUUAGUCAAGUUAAUUUAGUCGAAUGUGGUAACGUUUUUCUGAUUUAUCUUGAAUUGUAGCACACCCUUGAACUGAACAAUGGCCAGAGGAAAGCUUUCUGGGCUUUGGAAAGUAGUUGUUGAACUUUGUUUUAAACCUUUUUCUUAGUGAUUCUAUAUCAAAUAGAGUAUAAGUUUAGUUUAACUUAGUUUAGUUUUUAAAUAACCGUUAAUCAAGAACAUGGAAAUAAUAAGAACAUAAAAAGCAGACAUAAAUCAAUAUGGAUGCUUUGUGGUGUGUGUGGGGUGUGGGGGAGUUAAGAAGAUGCUGUUUACCUAAGCACAGUUUGCCUGAAUUUCUACUUGGUUAUGUUGUUUACCAUAAGGACUGAGGAUAAUUCUCAUAAGUCUGUCUUGAGAAAAAGCAUACUUAAUAGUCCUGUAUUUGUUCUUAUGAAAUGGUUAUCUGCCUUCUUGUAUCGAGUGGAUUGGCUGGCUGAAUUUUCUUCUGUCAAAUUAUAUGGUUAUUUUUUAUAUUACCACAUCAGCAUUAUAUUAAAAGUGUUUUUAAUAGUUGAUUGUAUUUUGCCAACUACUAGUACAGACUCAAAUUUGCUAUUUAAUUUUUAAAAUACAAUUUAUUUUCUAAAUCCUUUAAUAAAUAUUUGGUUAGUUUUGGAUUAGAAAUGAUUUAUGUUAGCCAUGUGUUGAAGAUGAAAUUGGCAUCAGUGUAAAGUGUUCUGAUUGGGAAAGUUCAUGAUUAGCAAAUUCAUGUAAUACUUUUUAGGAGUAUUUUUUAGGUUUUCACUCAAGUCUUUCCUGUUACAGUAACAUGAAAACUGAUUAUUCUGUACUCCAAGAGAAUGUUUUAACCCAAGCAAGUAUCUAAUACUAGAGCAUUGAUUCUGACAUUCAUUGUGAAUCAGUGAAUUAUAAGAUACAGUCUGAAAAGUGUAUAUUUGUAAUUAGUGCCUUUAUUCAUAUUUUGAAAUAAGUUCUCAGUUUUAUAUUGUACCUGUUCUUUAGAAGUCACAUUAGCAGCUCAUUAUUUCAGUGAUGAAAUAAUUUGUGUUUCAUACCCCUCUUCACCUCCAUGUAUUGGCUAGCACAGUUUAUUGUAAGUGAAAAGCAAGACACCCACUUACAUUAACAUUACCUUCAGGAAGGAGACUGUCCUACCUUUUAUUUUUAAUUUGAAAAUUAAAGAAAUUAAAUUUUAACUGAAAUCUUUUAAGUAUGUUAUAACCAAAGUGUAAAGUUAUCCUUGCAAGUUCAGAUACAACAUUUUUCU